CCGCCCGGUGAUAUUGACAAUAGGAGAGAGAAAGGGGCAUUGACUGGGACCCACAGCGGGUACCGAACGGCGGCUCUGGCAGCGGCGGCUCCAGCUCCAGCGGCUCCUCCUCCUUUUCCUUCCUUCACCUCCUGCUGCCGCUGCGGAUCCUGUUUUCCUCCCUCCCUUCCCCCCCUCCCCACGUCGUCGCCGCCGGGUCCCGGGCAACGAGCAGAGGCGCCGCCCGCCGGGAAUGUGAGCGAGGAGCCUCCGGCGGAGCCGCAACGGGGUCGGUGCCGAUUUGAUGGGACGGGCCCGCGGGGGAGGAUCGUGAGGCCACCGCCGCCGCUGGAGCGCUGAGGUUGAGGUCCGGCCGUGAGGCCUAAAGGCGCCGCCACCGCGCAACCGGAGGGACGCCGCGCCGGACAGUCGUCGCCCCUGGCUCCGGACCUCCCCCUGCACAUCCCGGUCCCGCCACCCGUCCCUUCUACGGUCCGCUCUCGCGUCUCCCGCUCCUCGAAACCACAGAUCAUCUUCGAAUUCUUCCCCAGAAGCUUCAAGUAGGGAUAUGUCCUCAGCACCAACUACUCCUCCAUCAGUGGAUAAAGUAGACGGAUUUUCUCGGAAGUCCGUCAGAAAAGCCAGACAGAAGAGGUCGCAGAGUUCCUCACAGUUUAGGUCUCAAGGCAAGCCCAUUGAGUUAACACCUCUGCCGCUGCUGAAAGACGUUCCAUCCUCAGAGCAGCCUGAACUGUUCCUAAAGAAACUUCAACAGUGCUGUGUCAUUUUUGACUUCAUGGACACGCUAUCUGAUCUUAAAAUGAAAGAAUACAAGCGCUCCACUCUUAAUGAACUGGUGGACUACAUUACAAUAAGCAGAGGCUGUUUGACAGAGCAGACUUACCCUGAAGUAGUUAGAAUGGUAUCUUGCAAUAUAUUCAGAACUCUCCCUCCUAGUGACAGCAAUGAAUUUGAUCCAGAAGAAGAUGAACCUACCCUUGAGGCAUCAUGGCCACACUUACAGCUUGUAUAUGAAUUUUUCAUACGAUUUUUGGAAAGCCAAGAAUUCCAGCCCAGCAUUGCCAAAAAAUACAUAGAUCAGAAAUUUGUAUUACAGCUUUUGGAGCUAUUUGACAGUGAAGACCCUCGGGAACGGGACUACUUAAAAACAGUCUUACACAGAAUUUAUGGCAAGUUUCUUGGUCUUAGAGCAUUUAUCCGAAAACAGAUUAACAAUAUUUUUCUAAGGUUUGUUUAUGAAACGGAACACUUCAAUGGUGUAGCUGAACUGCUGGAAAUAUUAGGAAGUAUUAUCAAUGGCUUUGCAUUACCUCUUAAGGCAGAACACAAACAGUUUCUGGUGAAAGUGCUGAUCCCUUUACACACUGUCAGGAGCUUAUCACUCUUCCAUGCGCAGCUGGCGUAUUGUAUAGUACAAUUUCUGGAGAAAGAUCCUUCACUCACAGAACCAGUUAUUAGGGGAUUAAUGAAGUUUUGGCCCAAAACGUGUAGUCAAAAGGAGGUGAUGUUCCUUGGGGAGCUGGAAGAAAUAUUGGAUGUGAUUGAACCUUCACAAUUUGUUAAAAUUCAAGAGCCUUUGUUUAAACAAAUUGCCAAGUGUGUAUCUAGCCCCCAUUUUCAGGUGGCAGAAAGGGCACUCUAUUAUUGGAAUAAUGAAUACAUCAUGAGUUUGAUAGAAGAAAACUCAAAUGUCAUCCUUCCCAUCAUGUUUUCCAGUCUUUAUAGGAUUUCAAAAGAACAUUGGAAUCCGGCUAUCGUGGCAUUAGUGUACAAUGUAUUGAAGGCAUUUAUGGAAAUGAACAGCACCAUGUUUGAUGAGCUGACAGCCACAUACAAGUCAGAUCGUCAGCGUGAGAAAAAGAAAGAAAAGGAGCGUGAAGAAUUAUGGAAAAAACUGGAGGAUCUGGAGUUAAAGAGAGGUCUUAGACGUGAUGGGAUAAUUCCAACUUAACAAAAAUAAUGACAACAUUACUAACCUGUGGAGUCACACAUUUAUGUAGUAGAAGAUGGAGCAACAGUUUUCUGUAUUGUGCAACUUUACAGUAGAUUUCACAUUGUUUCAUUAUUACAACAGCACUGUAUAUACCUGUCUCUAAGUAAAGGGAAAAAAAAUAAGGACUUCAAUCCAAAGUUUGGACAGUAGAUGGACUUCUCAGAAUUUUGCAAACAUUAAUCAUUGUUCUAACCCUCGUUAAAAAAAAAAGCAAUCUUCAAAGAUCUGUUGAUGAAAUUAUAUGUUAAAAUUUCAUUAUCAGGAGUUCCUUAUUUAUCAUUAGCAGAGAGUAUGAAACAGUUUUCAAAUGUGAACAUUCUUAAAUUUAGCUUGUCUUUCUGCUAAAACUGUUAAAUGUAUUUAUAGUAAAGGAAAAAAAAAGACUGUCAUUUCCUUAUACGUUUGUAUAACAUUCUCUGGAUAACUUGACUGUAAUUUGACAUCUUUUCCUUUUGCACAUCUUCAUGAGAUGAAUGUCCACAUGGAAUGGGGCCAUGAAUUAUAAAGGUCCCUAACAAAAGUUUUGUUUACUGGUGUGAACAUCUUUCCAGUAGCCAGGGAGUCCUGGUACUCCUUUAGUUUUAAAAUUAGGAGUAAAAGAGAAGAGGUGAUAAACGUAGUAGGGAAGGGAAUUUUGGAUUCAUGCAUCAGUUCCUAGUGAAUCCAAAUCAAUGUCUUGAAUCCUUUGAAAACAGGCACUGGGUCAUCAUAGGCUUCAGUACCUGACCAGUAUUAGUUGCGUACAUCAUUGAACACACAUGCCAGAGAUGUUUUAGAAAUGUCAGAUCUCAUCCUUUUGGACCAUUUUGAAAUAAGAAAGAUAAACACUAAAUAGACAACCAUGAAAUUGAUCGCCAGGAUUGCGAAUCUAAUUGGGAAUAGAGUUGAGCAAACAGCUUGGACUGUUUGGAGUUGUUGCCUUACUUUUUAAUAUGUAUUUAUAAAGUAUUCCAGCAAAAGAGGAUGUAGCCUCUGGGAAAACAAACAAACAAACAAACAUAUUACAGUGUUUUUUGUAGAUUCUCGUUCUAUAUUUCAUCACAGCGCCAGCCCUGUUUUUAGCCAGAAAGGAUUCAGGAUAAACAUUAUUAUGCAUUCUGAAUUGGAUGCGUAUUCCUAACUACUGUAUUUGUUACCAAAAGUGGUUCUACAAAUGCUACUGAAAAAAUCUGGAAAUUCCUAAUGUCCUGAGUAUUAAUAAAGUUUAAAAAUGCUUUUAUAUCAAAGGUGCAUUGUGACCAAAUUGUUUAAGAAAAAAACAAAAAACAAAAUCUAGGGCUGUAUUAUAGAUAUAUCUUAUUGGCUCUCUGCUUUGUAUUUAAAAGAGGAAUCUUACUUCUUGGGGAGAUAAAAUGCUGAUAAAACUUGUGUACAGUAUGUACUUAUUUAAUGCAGUUGCAUUAUUAUGUACUGAGAGAUUUGUGUUUCGGGAUUUAUUUCCAGGAUGUUUUUGCUUGUUAUGGACAUGGCAACAGUGAGUUGAUAAUCCUAAACCAUCACUUCCAACAGUAUUCGUGGUAUAGAGCUGAUUCUGUGUUCAUGUGUUGAAUUGUGCUAGUAGCAAACAUGAACAUAUGAACUGCUGUUGCUCUUAAUAGAAAUGCAAUAUCAAUAUGGGCUUGUAUAUUUUCUUUCUUCCAUUUACACAUGAAAUAGAAUAUGCAGUGUAUUGUUUCUGAGAAAAAGGAAAACAAAAAGCCACUGACUUCUCCUCUAUUAAGUGUUUCAGGAUUAUCAGGUCACAGUUUGUGUGUAAAAGUAAGCUAAUUAUGGAUAUUGUCAUCUCAAUAACUUUGUAAAAAAAAAAAAACAAAACUUGGCAUUGUUAAUUCUGAAAAAGAAACAGCAGUAAAAGAGUCUUAUGCAACACCAAACACAACAUGGUUUAAUGGAAUUAAUAGAUACUUUUAAGAGAACAUUAAUGGGGAUUCAGUGUAAAGUUGGCAGAGGCUGCCGAAGAUGAAACGACUCACUUAAAAAGUGCUGGAGCAAAGGUGCAAGUUCAAAUGCUAAAGAUAAAGAAUAAAUUUGUAGUAAAUCAUUUCCUUGAGCUCUUUUGAUACUAGCUCAUUAGUUUUGACGCUGUUACACUCAUUUAACAGUACAAACUUUUGUUCGCCAUUAAUUGAUCCUUUUUAGAUAGUGGACGUUAAAAUCACAGGCUUAUGAUAUCUCUGUUUAUUAGAAUGAAAUGCAGUCAUUUGAAAUGAGAAAGACCAAGAUCCCUUUUAUGCACCUUACCCUGUCCUCAGAGUGAAGGUGAGAACUACGCCGACACUCUCAAUGUCAAUUCUAGAUGUUGAUCAUUCCAUACUGAGAAGAGUAAAGCGCAAUUUUAGACAUACUUAAAAGAAAUGAUUUAUAGGCUUAGGUCUAAAAUUGAUAAUGCAACUUCUGAGAAGAAACGCUGUCUUUCCUUUUUUAAUUGAAAGUGACAAUGUGACAUUUGUCAUGUUGUGUCCGGUGACGCAGAGUAACUGAGGUAAUCUGACUGUUGCACUAUGUGACAUGUAUAAGGACGUACUUGCUGCAUUUGCAGCGGCCCUCUCUCUCUGUCCUGUUCCACAAGUCUGCUGUUGCUGCAGCUUGAGUGAGUUGUGACAAAUGCAUCUUUGUGUUAUAUUUUGUUUGCUUCUUAAUUUCCAGAACUAUAUAUAAAUAUAUUUUUAAAAUAGCAAAUAUUGUAGUUAAUGAGUGAUGCUCACUCCACCCUUAUCCCUGCCAUAUUGGUUUCAGGGGUAGGAUUAAGAGUGUAUGUGGAAGAAAAAGCAAACUGACCCUGUGGUUUAGAAUGAUGCCGAGGCCUCGGGCCGUGGGCCUGGAACCACCACGUGAGUGACUAUGCUCACCUCACUUGAAUCGAGCAUGCAUUCCUUUUCUCACUGUGCAAGUGUCCCAGACGCUUUCCUUCAGUGUUUCAUUUUAUGUCCUUUUAAAUUUUAAUUAUUUUUUGCUCUUCCUAACAUCUGAUUGUUUUUUAUAAAAUAAAGUUAAAAAACCUAAAAAGUAAGAAAUAAAAUAAUACCCUCAAUGCCGCUGGAUACUCACAAGCAGGGUUAUGCUCCUUCAUCUUGGGCUUGCUUGCCUAAAUGGAAGGGUUUCAUUUAUUUUGUACCUCCUUCUAUGCGUGGGACAGUCCAGGGUGCAGAACCAGGCAUUGCUUGUAAUUGCACCUGCUAUACUUCAAUGUAUAGGCCUAGGCUCAAUCACACUAUGAAAAGAAAAAAGUAUAUUUAGAGCUUUAAAGGCUUUUUUAUUUUUUUGUGGGGGUUGGGGGGUGGGAGAGGGAAGAUGUAUGAAGAUUAUUGGCAUUUUUAAGUGUUUGGAGUUUAGGGUAUUUUUUUUUUUGCCUCCUCUUUUAUUUUUCCCCCCUUUAAUUGGAUGCACUGACCUGGCCCAGGAAAGGAAGAGAUUUUUCUCUUUUGAUGCUAUUACCAAUGUUAUUACAAAGUGAUUGUUACCUAUGGUAAAAAGGUAGCACCAGACAUGAUCAGUGAUGUUUUAUUUGCACAUCAAUAUUUUUAUUUUUAUAUUCCGGCUCAGCUGCUUCUCUGACUAGAGUUAAGGAAUGAGCCAUACAAAGGAUUUUUGUAGUAGAUACAUUGGCAAUGCAUUUUAUAUUUCUCAGUAUUUAAUUUUGAAAAUCUUAAAGGAUUGUGCAUCUUGAGAGAAAGUUGAGCCAAUUUUGAUCUAGUGGAAUGUUAAUUUGUGCUGCUUCUUGUGCACGAUAGCAGCAUUACUAUCUCUUGGAAAUAAACAUCCCAUAUUAUGAUGUCUAUGACUGUAGGUUUCCUUUUCUUCCCUCCCUCUCUUGUCCCUUCCUUCUUCCCUCCUUGCUUCCUUUCCUACAUCCAUCUCUCCUUCCUUCCCUUUUCUUUCUCUACUUUUUUUCAAAUCACUUAACUGUAAAUAAGUUGUAAUCCAACCUCAUGUAUUAAUGGGGAACUUUCAAAUAUAAAUAUUACCAAUACAUUUUCUGGUUGUUGUCUGAUUUUUGAUUGAGGUAUAAUGAGAAUGCUAUAUCCAUUGUUUUUGGUUUGAGGAUUUCACUUUAGCUUCAUAAAUCUUUUGGUAUUUUAGUAUUUCAUUGUUUUAGCAGGAGAGGGCAGCAAAAGUUCAUUUUCCCUGUUAGAAAUGCUGUGUUUCAUUAUUGGUUUCAAAUUCAUUUGUGUGUGUGCCUGUUUUUUUUUUUUUUUUUAAAGCAGCAUCUUUGUGGGUAGAGAUAAAAAUGAAACAUUUUUGAUAUGAAAAGGUGCAUAUGAAAAUUAUAGACUGAUUCAGUCAGGCAGUAAAGACUUUUGAUUCACAUCGAAGUUCAAUGCCACAAAACAAUCAUCCAGUUCUGGCUAAAAUAUGUGACUUCCUUUUCAAACACAACAAAAUGCAAGCUGAGUCUUAGACACUUGAAACACUUGGAAUUUAAAAUGUCUUUCUUUGAAAAUGAUUUAUUUUCUUCAAAGUGGUAAACAAAAAUGAAGGUGCUCCCAAAGGGAAAUGUAACCUUCCCCUUUCACAGGUGUGUGAGAGGUUCUGUACUGUGGGUGCAUCCUAAUAAAGAAGCAGUGAAGAGUU